AUGCUUACCACAGACUUUACGGGAAUCGAUGCCAUAGAACGAUUGGUGGGCAAGAUAACCGAAGACGCCAAGGGGUUUACUGCCAAGCUGCGAGGGUUCCACGGCCAAGGCAACGGGAACGGCGCCGCGUCGCAGUCGUCGGAGCUGGUCAAGCAGGGCCUCGCCAUCGCCAAGACGUGCGGGCAGCUGCAGGCCCUGGUGACGGAGCCGGGACACUGGGUCAAGGACGUGGCCCGGUCGUACUUUCCGAGUGUGGCCCUGUCGAUUGUCAUCGAGCUGGACAUUGCAAACCGCAUCGAGGUUGGGCAGAGAGGCACUUCUCUGGGGCAGUUGGCGAAUGCUUCGGGUGCAUCGCGUGCUCUCAUUCAGCGAGUGAUGAGGCAAUGCACCCAUCAAUCCAUCUUUCAAGAGGUUUCGCCGGGGAUGUAUUUCCACAAUAGGCACUCGCUUCUCCUGCGAGACAAGAACCUUUCUAGCUGGUACCACUACCUUUCUGAGGACGUACUUCGCUGCGCGACGUAUUUGCCGGAGACGCUGCGCGAGAACAAUUACAGAAUUGGAGCAGACGACAGCAAGGCUGCUUUCUGCAAGGCUUUUCAAACCGAGCUUCCGCACUACGAAUAUUUUUACAAGGUCGAUCCCAAGCGGGGCGAGAGAUUCACGCGGGCCAUGACCUCGACUCACAGCGGACCCCUGGGCGCGCUGAUCGAGACUGCGUAUCCCUUCUGGGAGCUGCCGGCCGGCUCUACCGUGGUGGACGUCGGCGGGGGCAGCGGGAGACUGGCAAUUCGGCUGGCUAAGCUCCAACCGCACCUCUACUUCGUGAUCCAGGACCACGCCAGCGUCGUGGAGGCCGGGAGGGAGGCGGCUGUUGAGGAUCUGCGCGCUCCGGAGCUGGAGGGGAGGAUCACCUGGGAAGCGCACGACUUCUUCACUGCGCAGCCGCGGAAAGCCGCUCCGGUCUAUAUGCUAAGCCGCAUCCUGGUGGACCAUGGUGACGAGAGCUGCGUGGCCAUUGUCAGGCACGUCGUGGCGGCGAUGGAGGCUGGCACAUCCCGCCUGCUGAUCAACGACUUUGUCGACCCGGGCAAGUUUGGCGAGGAUCGCCAUCGCGGCUUCGAUCAGCAGGACAUGCUGAUGAUGUGCGCGUUCAACGUGCUGUCUCGCAGCCAGACGCAGUGGGCGGCGCUGAUGAGGCGUGUCGACGAGAAGCUGGUUCGGAAGCGGAUUUGGAGGGCAGACGACGGGUCUGCGAUUCUAGAAUUUGAGCUGAAGAAGUAG